UCUAUGGUUAUCUCGCCACCAAGUCCGAUGGUGCAGGAUGUUCUCCAAAAACUCAACUUGAUUGGAGCCGACUUCAUUUGGAUUUUUGCAGUAUAUCAAGAACAAAUGCGCAUCAACAAGCAGCUGAAGGACGAAGUUACCAAGAUCUCAGCUUCUCACAAAAUGCUACACCAGAUAUAUGAUCUUCAGAACAGAAGAUCACGUCGCUUGAGUCUCUGCUGUACAACGGACAUGAUCCGAAUAUGUGCCUCGCUUCCUCUCCCGCAUCGCAUAAAUCAUCUCUGA